GUGACGCUGGAGAAGAGAAAUGACUGAACAGAGAUGUGAUUGUUCCGUUUUGCCCUCGACGCCAGUGAACAGUAGAGUCGCGUCGACGAGUUUACAGCGAGAAUAAGGACCGCAGUCAAGCUGUCCAACUAACGGAAUGUCGUUACUCACAGAAACGACAGCUUAUUCGGUGAAUUUCGUCAGACAGACGUCGGACGAUGCUAAACGGCCAGCCAACUUUAAUCAACGUUACUCGGAAUAAGCAGCUUCAGGUUUUCCGCCUUCCAGCUGUUUGCUAACGUUACGUGACGGUUGACGUUUUUAAAACGCCAGGUGUGUAGCAGCAAGUUACUGGGAUACCGAGGUGGCGGUGGCAGCCACGUCAGCUAACGUUAGCUGGAUGCUAUUUCUCUCCAGUCUGUUAUUUUGAGAGCACUUCUGUGCAGUUGGUUUGCUUUUGUGAUUCACAUUAUUUAACAAAAACUCGAAAGGGUAACGUUAUUCUUCUGAGACAAUGGCUCCGAUGGGUAUCCGGCUGUCACCCCUCGGUGUGGCGGUGUUCUGCCUGCUUGGAGUCGGUGUCAUCUACCACCUGUACGCAGGGGUCAUCUCCAGCCACCUGGCUGCUUUCAGGACGAGGGGGAAAGUGGAUCUGAGGGACCUGCUGGCUGUCUCAGUAGAGGCUGCAGUGCUCGGUGGCACAGAGGUGAAGAAGGUGCGUGAAGAAAAUAGCCUGAAGGAAAAGUCAAAAGGCAAGACAAAGGAGGGAGCCAAUGAGCUUCUGACUAUGGGUGACCUGCAGUCGCAUAGAAAGAUGUUUAACCUUAUAAGCAACGCCUUCCCUGAAGUCACGGUGAGUGCAGAUCCCUGUAGAACUGUAAUGUCUUCUAUUCCACACACUGUGUUGCUCACUCACCAUUUGAAUGCUGUGAAAAUCUCUCUCUCUCUCUCUCUCUCUCUCUCUCUCUCUCUCUCUCUCUCUCUCUCCAUAGAGAAUCUAGUGAAGUAUGUGACCACAAUGGUAUGUGUGGCUGUAGAUGGUAAACCAGUCAUUGGGGUCAUACACCAGCCAUUUACUGGGUUCACUGCCUGGGCAUUUGUAGGUCAGGGGUCAAAUAUGCGUCCCCGGCAGUCCUACACUGUCAGCCCUCCAAAGGUCAUUGUAUCACGUUCCCACUCUGGAACAGUUAAAAGUUAUGUUCAGGAGGCUUUUGGAAACGGCACAACAAUCAUAGAAGCAGGUGGAGCAGGAUAUAAGGUCCUGUCACUUUUGGAGAUGCCUUCAAGUGAAACAGGUUCUAUGGACCAGGCAGAUGUUUACAUCCAUGUCACCUUUAUCAAGAAAUGGGACAUCUGUGCUGGUGCAGCACUACUGAAAGCACUGGGAGGCCACAUGACAACGCUAAAGGGAGAGGACAUCGACUACAGUGGAACACCGGUCAACAAAGGAGGACUGGUGGCCAGUGUUGGUGUGGACCAUAAGGCCCUACUGGAGAAACUACCAAACUGGGACCCUGAAAAGCACUGAUGGACACAAACACAGAGCCAUUGGUAUCUUGGUCAGGUUUUGGUAAGGGCAACAUGUGGCUGCCCUUUCCUUUACCUAACAGUGGUCUGUAAACCUAACCAGGCCCAUGUGAUUUCAUCAUCGAUGGGAGUCCGUGUUAAUGGCAAGGGCCACCGAGCAGGACGGUAAAACCAACAUGGCUGCCACUGGAAACCGCAAUGGCUGACACAAUGGCUCUGAACACACACUCUUGUACAUGCAUACAUACUUUCAGAUAGUAGUAACGGUACACCUUCUUUUCCAAAUGCACAUACACCUACACAUGCUCACAGUGAACAUUGGACAUCAGAGUCCCUUCACCUACAGGGGACAACUCUCUGAUGACUCUUAUUGUGAGACAUUUAACUAAGGAGCACAAUGCUGAACAUUACAACAGAACCUAUGGCUUGACUGACAUCGUCUUUUAUCAUAUUAAGUCCCAACUUCAAUCCUGGCCUAAACAACCAAUGAAGUUACAUUUCAUCAACAAACCAUCUGUUCACCAGCAUCAUCAUACCAAAUGAAUUCACUACGCACUAAGUGGUGUCAACUCAGCUAGAAGGCACUGCUAAUCUCAAAUCAUGGCAAUGCCCAGAUGGGAUCAGAUUUUACCAAUUUUGCUUAACUAUGUUAGAGACAAAAAAACAACAGAAUGGGGACAUUUGGAAGGAAAAGUUGUCUAUUUCCUCAUCUGUUUGAGACAGAUUUUGGGAUGAUUAAAUCUAUUCUCAGGUUUGGGUGUGAGCAUGCUGUGAUUGAUGUUCCCUUGCUCUCCUGUUAUAGACA